AUGGAUGCGUUCACCCCACAGCAGACGAUGGAGCUCAUCUCCCGCAUCGGCCAGAAGAAAGCAAAGAUGAGGUGGGACAAACUAUGGUGGAACUCUGUGCUCGCAGGGCCACUUCUUGGCUUCGGCUGCGCCAUCACUUUAUCCACGAACGCCGCACCAUGGUACCAAGAGAACGCACCAGGUCUCAUCCGCACAAUCGCCGCCUGCUUCUUUCCCGUUGGCCUCGUCUUGGUCGUCCUGACGGGCGCGGAUCUGUAUACCAGUAAUGUCAUGUUCCUCCCAGUAGCCUACCUCCACCGCCGCUGCAGCCUCCUCGACAUCGCCAAAAGUUGGUUCGUCUCCUUCUUCGGCAAUCUAGCCGGCAUGCUCUUCUUCUGCCUCAUCAUCUGCGGCUACGGCGGGACCUUCGACUCCGCGGUCUGGAAAGCCGAAAGUGUUGCCUUCGCCACCAAAAAAGUCGUCGAUCCGCAUUGGCAUCAGAUCUUCCUGCGGGCUAUUGGAGCCAAUUGGUUGGUCUGUCUGGCUGUGUUUAUGGCGGUGAGUUCGAGGGAGAUUGUGAGUAAGAUUUUGGCGAUUUGGUGGCCGAUUAUGUGUUUUGUUGGGUUGGGAAUGGAUCACGUUAUUGCCAAUAUGUUUCUGAUUCCGAUUGGCAUUUUCAAUGGCACCAAGUUCGGAGUAGGGUAUUAUAUUUGGAAGAGUAUGAUACCGGCACUCAUCGGUAACACUAUUGGUGGUGGAUUCUUUGUGGGUGUGGUGUACUGGUACCUAUACAUGACCGGCGACGAGGCUGUUGAUCCGGACUUCGACAAGCUGGAGCUUGUUGGCAGAGGUGCUAUGACGGCUGUCGAUGAGAAUGCCGGGCCAGUACACCACCAUCAUCACGACCAUCGUAACCACGACCAUGAGGUGAAGGGUGUCUGA